AGUGGGUGAAUGCACAGAGAAAGAAGGAAGGCGACUCUGCAUUGCGGGGAGGAAGAGGAGGAAGAGGAGGAGGAGGAGGAGGAGGAGGAGGAGGAGGAGGAGGAGGAGGAGGAGGAGGAGGAGGAGGAGGAGGAGGAGGAGGAGGAGGAGGAGGAGGAGGAGGCUGAGGAGGGGGUGGGGAGAGGACACGUUAUGAAGCAGACGCGCUGCCUGCUGCUGUGUGAGAGUUGAACUCUGGUAGGCUUUGUUUUUG